UCAGAAAUGGCCGAAAUUGAGUAGGCAGACGCAGCGGCUGGUCAUGUUUUCGGCUGAAUUGUGAGGCGUCGAGCGGCCCCGCCGACAUCGCCGCUUCCCUCAGCACAACCGGGCACCCAGGAAAAUCGUGUCGCCCAUUUGACCCCCGGCGUGCCCCCGCUCGAGGGGCAACUCGAAAUGUUUUUCCAGACAUCGAGCACCAACAAAAACAAGGAUGGAGUCGUCAUGAGAGAAAAGAAAGGCUCCAUGAGCCGAGUUCAAAGGCUCAAAAAGCGUCUGAGCCACAGCUUUGGCAGGCUAAGCAUUGCCAACUGUGAGCUGGAAAGCGAACACCAGGAGAAGUGGACAAGAAACAAAAUGCCGUACAACACCUAUUCUGACGAAUUCCUUGACAGAAUUGAACCAAAUGGCAAUAUUCCCCACCAGCACUGUGAUAAGGACGGACUAAACUGUGAGUGGCCUCUGGGUGAUCGAGACCGGGUUCGCCGCCAGUUGUCAGUGUCCAGCGACUCAAAGUUGUUGGACGAAGACCUGCGGGAGGAGGCCAAAGUGAUUCUUCGGCCGAAGAAGCCGCCACGACCAAAGUCUGAGGUUUUUCUCAAUCGAGCAGCUGGCUCGACAAAGAGAUAUUCUGCAUUUGGGGGUGACUCUCCUUUUGGGCGAACUGAGGCGUACGUCAAGUUGGAGCAGCUCGGGGAAGGCUCCUAUGCCACUGUGUUCAAGGGAUAUAGCAAUUUGACUGGUCAGUCAGUAGCCCUGAAAGAGAUCCGCUUGCAAGAGGAGGAGGGAGCCCCUUUUACCGCUAUAAGAGAGGCCUCCCUUCUGAAAGAGCUGAAGCACUCUAACAUCGUAACUUUGCAUGACAUCAUACACACAAGAGAAACCCUCACCUUUGUAUUUGAAUAUGUUCACACUGACUUGAGUCAGUACAUGGAACGUCAUCCAGGCGGUCUUAGCACCAAAAACACGCAGCUCUUCCUGUUCCAACUGCUGAGAGGCUUGAGUUACUGCCACAAGAGAAGGGUGCUCCACCGUGACGUCAAACCACAGAACCUCUUGAUCAGUGAAGUGGGAGAACUCAAACUUGCCGACUUUGGUCUUGCCCGUGCCAAGAGUGUGCCAAGCCACACGUACUCACACGAAGUGGUUACCCUAUGGUACCGGCCACCAGAUGUACUGCUCGGCUCCACGCAUUACUCGACCUCUUUAGACAUGUGGGGAGUUGGUUGCAUCCAACUGGAGAUGCUGACCGGCGUUCCUGCAUUCCCAGGCGUGAGAGACGCAUCUGAUCAACUGGAUAAAAUAUUUAAGGUCCUUGGCACUCCGACCGAUGACUCGUGGCCUGGUGUUAGCAGUCUGCCUGGCUACGUCCCUCAUAAACUGUGCUACUACCAGCCCCAACGGCUAGGUCGUGUCUUCCCCCGUCUUCACGACGCCUCCGAAGGCGAGAGCAUGGCCUGCUCUCUUCUGCAGCUCAAUCCUGAGCGCAGGAUCAGUGCCGAAAAGGCGCUUCGGCAUCCUUAUUUUGCUUCGCUUCCCAAAAAACUGCAUGAACUUCCUGAUGAAGCGUCAGUCUUCUCAGUGGAAGGCAUUGUUUUGGGUCCGGAGCGGCCCUGGUGGAACAAGUCCAAGGCAGCCUCUUCCUCUUACUGUGACUAAGAAUAUUGAAACUCGUUUUACUAAUACAUCCCUGCCUAGUAAAAUAACGCGCAUUAAUCACAUAUAAAUGAAAAAAUGCGAUGCUCAAGAGAAAGAACUAUUUACGAAGAAAGUCGUUGAAUGGCAGUAAUUGCAAAUUGAUAUUUUAAAAUCACAAAGCGUUUCUGGAGAGAAAAUAAUUGAGAAAUGUGUGCAGUGAGUGAGGCCAACUGAAAACGAAUCAAGCCGAGCCCGCUGCAAAAGUUGUAAAAGGCGCUAUACGAAUAUUUGCAAAUAGGCUGCUGAAAUCCGUGUUUGUCACAAAAUUUUUAAAAACACUAUUGGGUUAAAUCCCUAGACUGUAGAGCAGAUCUGGAAUUAAUUGUUGGCAAGAUUUUGGGAACUGUACUUGCAGGGGUAAACAAACUUUGUAAGAAACUUUGCCGUCUUUCAAAUUUUAAUCGACUAAGAGCCAAUUUUGAUAUUUCUCUGUAUGAAUAGUGAUCUUAAAAGAAAAGUGACAAGACGUACAUUUCCCUCUUUGCAUUUUUUUUUCAUAUAUAAAUUACUAGCGCUGCUGCAUCAGGCUUUAUAUGAUUUUUUUUCUCAAUAAUUCAGUUUUUAAUUUUUUAUUUUUCUUUGCCAAAAUGAAGUUUUUUGUCUGAUGCACGGCGAUACGAUUUGGUGCAUUGUGAAAACAUACUGGCGUGCUAAGCGCAUAAAAUAUUAUUAUGAAAAACUAUCGGUGCUUGGUUGGUACAAAUGUUUUGCAUUAGAUUUGUCCGAACAGAUAUCUUGUCACUCUUGGAAAAACGCUGUUCAACUGAUUAAUUAAUUGUUGCUUUUGCAAACCUCAUAAACUUUUAGAGAAGAACGGCGGAGUUAGUUGUGUUUUUGAGGAGACAAUCCAUGAUCAAUGAAUAUUUAUUGUAUGAAAUAUGCUAGACAAUUUAUUACUUCUAUCUAGCAGCAACGAACUAUUUAUUUAGUUAGUGGGAAAAAAAAUGAACAACGCUAUUAGAAAAACGCAUCACGCAUUCCCUGAAUCGUUUAUUGCGUUUAAAAUAAUUAAGAACUUGUAACAGAAAAAAAAUACAAUGCGUAUGUAAGUUACGCAAUUUUUGUGUGUGAUUUUUUCACAGAGGCGCAACUCAGGAAAUACAAUGUGCUAAAUUUUUGCAAGGAAUGCGUGAUUUUAAAAGUUAUUAUCAUCGUUGUAAAUUUUGGGCUAAUUCAAUGCAUCUUCUGUAUAAUUAAUGAGCUAAUUACUACAAAUUUACAAUGUUGAUUUUCAUGAGUAAAGAAUUGACAUUCCUCGAGUGCACUCGAAAAAUAUUUGGAACUAUGUCUGAAAGUUUCAUGCCAGCACUGCUUUCUAAAAAUCUUUUUAUCUUAUUGUAGUGAGAAAAAUAAUGUUGACAAUGUAAAAAGUUUUAGAUGAAGUUGAAUGAAAAAAAAUCAAUCCGAGCGCAUAAAUUAGCUUUAGAAAACGACGCUUUUGUAACGAUGUUAUAAUAUCGUGAAUGAGAAGAAGUAUUAUUAACUAUCUCUUCAUUACAAUUAAUUUUUAUGAUUAAUUACUUGUUAAUUAUAAAUAUCUUCAAGAUGAAAAAGUCUUACAUUUAUAUAUUAUUUCGUAUUAAUUUUAUUAAAACAUUUUACUUGGUGUCGAAAAUAAUAAAAAUUCAUGCCAAUGAAGGUCAGUCAUUCCUCGAUCCUUACUCAAUUAUGCAAAUCAAAAUAAAAUACGUUACUUUAAUUGCUUGCGUUCACUAGCACAAUUUUUACGGCCCUCGUACUGUCUGCAGAAACCGCGAGCCACAAUCAGAGUCAAGGCUAGUUACUAACAAAAUUUAUGUAACCACAGAUUUUUAUCUACGGGAUUCCCUCGUUUUUAAAUCACAAGAGCCGACGACUCUUUAAUUAUUUGUGACAUAUUUUUAGCCCGUAAAGGCCCUGAUCCUCAUUUUAAACUGAUUUUGACUUCAGGAGACUGCAAAAGGUUUGCUGGGAAAUCCGAGCGUAUUAUAAAUCUGUAGGGCUUGACAGGACCUAUGACAUUGAACUGACCUGACAACACAAAAACCAGUUUGAUUUUUUCUAGCGUGAUUAUUUUCGCAUGCAGUGGAGUUAGGCGUGAGAAGAAGAUAAUUUAAUGAGCUGUGAAAAUUUAUUUUUUCUUUCUAAAAUACGUUCUCAUAAUACGUGGGCUUUUUGUUUCCCGUUUAGUUGGGCACCAACCCACAGCUUCCCGUUGGUAAGCGUGGUCAAUAUUUGCAAAAUUACCCUGCUUAUCUCUCGAGACUUUUCUGAAAUAAGAAGUGUGCCAAAAUGCUUAAGCUAGUAACAAUUAUGAUUCUUCCUUAUUUUGUCAAUCAUCUUAAAUGCUUCUCAAGAGUAAAUUUUAGAAUAAAUAAAUUAGUUAUUUUCCCACAUUCUU